AUCAGCAGCAGCAGCAGCCCACGGCGCAACGCGAACAUACAAAAAAAAAAAGUUUACAUUCUUCAGAGACCAAAGCAACAAUGGCAGCUCUUGCCGUUGUCUUCGCCAUUGCCGUUCUCGCGCAUUCAGUUAGCAGCGGCACCGUGGUGGCGGCGGCCGACGCGACUACGGCCAAGAGAAUUUUUACGAUACCUUCGGCUCCCUCGACGACCAAUGGUCCAGUGACGUACGUGUUCGGCGACUCGAUGUCGGACGUAGGAAACAACAACUACUUCCCCAUGUCCCUCGCCAAGUCCAACUACCCCUGGUACGGCAUCGACUACCCCAAUGGCGAGGCCACCGGGAGGUUCACCAAUGGAAAAACCAUCGGAGACUACAUGGCUGACAAGUUUGGCGUGCCAUCCCCACCGCCGUUCCUCUCCCUGUCGAUGACGAGCAAAGACGUCCUCGGCGGCGUCAACUUCGCAUCGGGCGGCGCCGGCAUCCUGAACGAGACGGGAGUCUACUUCGUUCAGUACCUCUCGUUCGACGAGCAGAUAUCUUGCUUCGAGAUCGUCAAGAAGUCAAUGGUCGCCAGGAUCGGCAAGGAAGCCGCGGAAGCUGCGGUCAAUGCAGCAUUGUUCCAAAUUGGACUUGGGAGCAACGAUUACAUCAACAACUUCCUGCAGCCGUUCAUGGCGGACGGCACCACGUACACGCACGACCAGUUCAUCCACCUCCUCAUCACCACUCUGGACCGGCAACUCAAGCGGCUGUACGGGCUGGGCGCACGGAAGGUCGUCUUCAACGGGCUGGCCCCGCUGGGUUGCAUCCCGUCGCAGCGCGUCCGCUCGGCGAACGGCAAGUGCCUGCGCCAGGUGAACGACUACGUCAUGCAGUUCAACGGGGCCGCCAAGAAGCUGCUCGGCGGCUUGAGCGCCAGGCUGCCCGGCGCGCAGAUGGCCCUCGCCGACACCUACCCCGUCGUCAUGGAGCUCAUCGACCACCCCGAGAAACACGGGUUCACGACGGCGCACACGUCGUGUUGCAACGUGGACACGGAGGUGGGGGGGCUGUGCCUGCCCAACACGAGGCCCUGCCGCGACCGAAGCGCCUUCGUGUUCUGGGACGCGUACCACACCUCGGACGCCGCCAACAAGGUGAUCGCCGACCGCCUCUGGUCCGACAUGAUGAGCGCCGGGCACGGAGGCGCUUCGGCUCCCCCUCGAGCCGGCGCGUCUAGCCCUGCCGCGGCGCCGUCUCUGUCUCCAGCUCCGUCUCAGUCUCAGGGCAAAUGAGGACCGACCGUGCCGGUGCACGAUGUGAUUCCAGCGAAGUGUUUUGGCAAUUUAGAGUGCAUAUGUUGAGUCCACCUGUUUCGUUCCGGUUCACAUAGUGCAUGAAUGUUGAGUUAAACACAGAGAUGUGGAGAGAGAGAAUGUGUGUGUUUGUAGCUUUGUAUACAUGCUAGUACAUCUUUUAUAGUGAAAGAAAAAUUACACGUACACUACACAUGGUUCAUCACAUGUGAGUGUUUUGUUUAAGGAUCAUCGAUUCAUCAUUCAUCACUUGCGAGUUUGAUGGGAGUUAUAUCAGCGUUCUGUACAA